CCCGGAGGAGGAGGAGGCGAGUCCAAGAUGGCGGCGGCGGCUGAGGCGGCUGUGGGGGAAGCUGAGGCGGCGCUGGGGUCGCUUCCCAGCCCGGAGGGCGGCUCGGGCCCGGCCCCCGAAGAGGAGCUGCCUCCGCUGGACGAGGCCGAGAUCCUGAGCCGCCUGGAGAGGAGCGCCCGCCAGUUCCGCAACCGCCGCAAAGUCCUCAUCAGGGGGCUGCCCGCAGACGUCGCCAACCAGGAAGUUCAUGAUUUGCUGAGUGACUACGAACUCAAGUACUGUUUUGUGGACAAGUACAAGGGAACUGCCUUCGUCACCUUGCUGAACGGGGAGCAGGCAGAAUCGGCCAUCCAGACAUUCCACCUGAGCCAGCUGCGGGACAAGGAGAUCACGGUGCAGCUGCAGCCGACUGACGCCCUCCUGUGCAUCGCCAACCUCCCCCAGCUCUACACGCAGCAGCAGUUUGAGGACCUGGUGCGGCCCUUCGGGAACCUGGAGCGCUGCUUCCUGGUCUACAGCGAGGUGACGGGACACUCCAAGGGCUACGGCUUUGUGGAAUACAUGAAGAAGGAUUCGGCCGCCCGAGCGAAAUCCGACCUGCUGGGCAAGCAGCUGGGGACGCGGACGCUCUACGUCCACUGGACAGACGUCAACCAGCUGACCUUGGACCUCCUGCAUUCCAAAUGCUUGUGUGUGGACAAACUGCCCCACAGCUACAACGACGUCGAAGAGCUGAGGCAGGCCUUCUCGGCCAUUUGCCCUCCGGUGUUCUGCCAGCUGGCGUGCGGCCAGGACGGGCAGCUGAAGGGCUUUGCCGUCCUGGAAUACGAGUCAGCAGAGAUUGCGGAGGUGGUGCAGCAGGCCACGAACGGCAUGCAGCUGGCCGGAAACCACGUCAGAGUCUCCUUUUGCGCUCCCGGCCCUCCUGGACGAAGCAUGCUGGCGGCUCUGAUCGCCGCCCAGGCAACGGCGCUGAAUCGGGGGAAAGGGCUCCUGCCCGAGCCCAACCUUCUGCAGAUCUUGAACAGCUUGGGGAACUCGACGUCCAUCCAGCUCUUGCUCAACCCCCUUCUUCACGGAGCCAUGGGAGGAAAGCAAGGGAUCCUGGGGGCUCCUCCGUCAGUGCCUCUGCUGGCCAACCCAGCCCUCUCCACGGCUCUCCUGCAGCUGGCGCUCCAGAAUCAGAGCCAAGCCCAGCAGAAGGCUUUGCUUGGAAACUUGCUCUUAGUGCAAAACCAGGUCUGGACGCAGCUGCUGCAGAACAAGGAAAACCAGGCUGUAUUCCAUAAACCAGGGAUCUUGGGAGAAUCUCCCCUGGGCUCGUUGCAGCACGGCGCCCUGGGGUUGCCAAAUACGCCGGGGACUCAGGCGGGAAACCAGCUGCUGGGAGAGAUGCCCUCAGGUGGCUCGUUGCCUGCAGAUAUGGCCCCCGGGCCCGUCAAGUCUCCAAUUUUGCCUUCGGGGAACCUGCCCUUGCCUUCUUUUCUGGGACCACUGGGCAUGGAGAGGGAGAGCUCCGUCAUGGGAGGACAGAACCCUCAGCUGACGCCUCCCGGCCUGCAGGGCCUCACCAGCUCCAUCUUGGGCUCUGUGAUCAGCGGGCUUCAGAAACCAAAGCAAACCGACAGCGGGCCUCCCUCGUGUGGGGGGUCUCUGCUGGGAGAACCGCCCAAGGACUUCAAGAUCCCUCUCAACCCGUACUUAAACCUACACAGCCUUCUCCCUGCAAGCCAGCUUGGAGGCGGAGCCAACAAAACCUUCAGCCUGAAGGCAGGCGUGCUGGGCAACGCUUCCAAUCCCAGAAUUCCACCGGCCUCCCUGCCUGACUCCGGGCUUCCCUCUUCCGGGAUGGCCGGGGACACAUGCGUGUUCGACUAUCAGCAUGUGUCGCCGUCGUCCGGCUUCGAGCGGAACAGCUUGGGGGCUCCUCUGCCCCCUUUCUAUUCCGGAUCCCCCACUUCCUACUUCACCAGUGGCCUUCAAGCAGGGCUCCGGCAGAGCCAUCUGAACAAAGCAGUCGGCGUGCCCCCCGUGGGCGCAGGAGACAGUCUGCUGGGACUCGGACCAAGCAGUCAGUCGCACGGCGCCCACCCAAAGACCCCCAUCGGCGGCCAGAAGCGGGCCUUUUCUCACCUGCUUCCUUCCCCGGAGCCCAGCCCGGAAGGCAGCUAUGUUGGGCAACAUUCUCAGGGCCUCGGAGGGCACUACGCAGACUCCUACCUGAAGCGGAAGAGGAUAUUUUAAUCGACGCCUUUUUCUUUUUUCUUUUGCUACCGCAGUGCUCACUUCUCUUUCUCCCCCCACUCCCCACCCUGAUUCAGGUGUAUAAAUUUUGUACAUAUGUGGGUUUUUUUUUUAAAUGUUCUCCUUUAGUGUUUUUUUUUUUUAAAGCCAGUUUGAAAAGGACUUGACUUCUAGACUCGGGGACUGCUACGAGCCCCUCCUGGGCUCCGAAGCGGAGUCCCGGAGGACGGUGCCUUUCCGGAGCAGACGCCUCUCAUCCUAGGCGGUGCCUUCUCCAGACAACACGCGUCGUCUCCCGCUAGGCUCUCCUGUCGGGAGAGCCGGAUGCUCUGUCGGCAUUCGCUGUCCGAGAGUGUCCGUCGGGAGGACCGGAAGGAACCCGCGCACGAUUCUGCGUGCCAUCCCUGGGAUGUGCGUGUACGUUUGAGCCGGGCCUCUUGAGCAGACAAGUUCCCCAGUCUGAAGACUGCUUCCAGCACAGGACCGUACCUGGAUCAUGGUCGCUGCGGCGAUCGGAGAGAGAGCUACUAAGGGAAAGGGAGCCCGGGAAGGCCCUUGGACCAGUCAGCACUCUACAGCACUUAACUCCCUGCAAGGAAUUUGGCUUUUUUGUGGGGGGGGGGGAAGGGAGGGAGGUUGAGGCUUGGCCUAGCCGCUCCCCCUCCCCCCCCAAAUCUGGAGUUUUCCUUUGUUUUAAUGCCUAAAAGUCAUUUUCCCUCCCUUCUUUUUUUGGUAAUCAUGCAUUUGUAAACUGCUUUUUAAAAUUUGUAAUGCUUAUAGUUUUGUUUUUUUUAAAUAGUAUAGCGCUGUAAGUUCUUGGGAAGUUCCCGUGUAAACAUUCAGUUGGAUAAUUUGUGUGUGUGUGUUUAAAAAAGAAAAGGAGGUCGUUUCCGCCCUCCUAGAAACAGCUUUUUUCUUCCAGACCAAUUCCUCCUUUGGGUGCAAAUAAUAUAUAUUUUUUCUCCCUGCGCGAGCAUUCUCUUCUAGUUUAACUAUUGUCUUAAAGUGCAGAGCCUGCAAUCUUGGAAUGAAUCAGGCCCCUGGCCCUCCGUGGCUGAGACAAUCUUCCGCCAUUGCUUUUUUCUAGAGUGACUUAAGGAUUUUUGCGUUUAUCUUUUUUUCCCCGGCAUCUCUGUGGCAACAAGAAGUCCUCCUCGGGGAGUUUUCAGAGAGCGUCAAGCUUUGGAGCUCUUGACCGGCGUUUCACUCGAACUCGAAUCACGAACACUGGUUUCACUGCCCCCGGCAGCUGGGGCUCUUGACCCUUCUUCGCAGAUUUGUGCCUUUCCCCUCUUGCCGGGUCGAGGGAGGGCAGACAGGGGGAAAGGCCACCUCCCUCCUUGACAGUUCCUGCUGCGAUCGAGGCCCAGGAUCGGCCCAGGGCAAAGGCGGAUCGCUCAGCAUCUGCCGGUUCCCGGAACCUGCUGAACGUCCGAGAGGAAAGGCACAUUGAACGUAUACUGCUGGUUCUCCACAGCAAAAACCUGCCUGGCGGUUUCUUUGGAGACAUAGCCCAGGUCUGUGGCCUUCUUCUUUCCCCGGGGGGAUUUUCAGUCCAGCCCCAGAGAGGAUACCAUUGAUUCUGUUUUAUAAACACGCUGCGAUUGUUUCUAUUGUAGAUAUUGGCUGGUUUGCUGUAUUUGUCGGAGGGUCUGAAAUCCCUCGGCAGCUGGACUCCCAACUUUCCAAAGUAAAGCUAUAUUUAUAUCAAAA